GCGGCUCCGCUCCUUCUUCCCAUCGGCCUCGGCUUGCGGGCCUUUCAAACAUGGAGGAGCCGGAGCGGGGGGCGAGGUCGACUCGUGCCGGGAGCCCAGUGCGCCCGCCCAGUCCGCGGCUGGAUGUCAGCUCUGACAGCUUCGACCCGCUGCUGGCUCUGUACGCGCCCCGCCUGCCUCCCAUACCCUACCCCAAUGCCCCCUGCUUCAACAACGUGGCCGAAUACGAGAGCUUCCUCAGGACCGGGGUCCGGGGCGGCGGGCGCGGGCGCGGGCGGGCUCGGGGCGCGGCCGCGGGCUCCGGGGUUCCCACCGCUCCCGGGCCCUCGGGCAGGACUCGCCGCCGUCCGGACGCGCCCGCCCCGGACCCCGAGCGCAUCCAGCGCCUCCGCCGUCUCAUGGUGACCAAAGAGGAAGGGGACGGGGCCGCCGGAGCGGGCCGGAGGGGUCCGGGUCGGAGCAGGAAGGCGCCGCGCAACGUGCUCACGCGAAUGCCCUUGCAUGAAGGUAGCCCUCUGGGUGAACUCCAUCGCUGUAUCCGGGAAGGGGUGAAGGUGAAUGUUCACAUCCGCACUUUCAAGGGACUUCGGGGCGUCUGUACAGGCUUCCUUGUUGCAUUUGACAAGUUCUGGAAUAUGGCACUUACUGAUGUCGACGAGACUUACCGAAAACCUGUCCUAGGCAAAGCAUAUGAACGCGAUUCUUCACUGACUCUCACUAGGCUAUUUGAUCGGCUGAAACUUCAAGAUUCCUCCAAGAAGGAAGCAGAUUCUAAGUCUGCAGUUGAAGAUUCCACUCUGUCCAGAUACUCACAGACAUCCACUUGGAAGUUGGCUUCAGUGUGGGGAAGAGGAGACACUGACCGGGGCUCACACAAGCGUUCCCGCUCUGUCCCUUCUUCCCUGCAGGCCUCUGCAAGGGAGGAGUCCAGGUCAGAGCUGUCAGGGAGGACUACACGGACAGAAGGUUCCAGUGUGGGAGGUACCUUUUCCAGGGCUACCACCCUUUCCAGAAGCCAGUCCCGUAAGAAAAAGCGAAAGCCCAAAGUGGAUUACCAGCAGGUAUUCACUCGACACAUAAAUCAGAUUUUCAUUCGAGGCGAGAAUGUCCUGCUGGUUCAUCUUGCACAGUGAACAGCUCAGCCUGAGCUUUGGUUUUUAGAAAUAAAGUGCAUGAAUUGCUGCUGUAUCCUAGUAUCCCAGUGAAACUCUUGAGUUGGAAUGAUUCCCUCUGGUCCUGCCUAUGCAGAGGACAGAGCAGGCUCAGCCCUCUGGAAGGUGAACUUAAGGGGAGGACAGGCCUUGGGAGGGCAGGUGUAUGCAUUAAUAUCAAGGCAAAAAGCAUGUAUAGAUACAUGCAUCUGAUUUGGUGUCCUGAUUUACUUCAGACCCUGAAACCAAACAGGUGAUCCUCCAUUAGGGGUGACAAUAUGAGUACAAUUUACUUUACAGAGACUAUAGGGGAAAAAAUAGUCUCAAAAAGAAGUAUUCCAUGUCUAAAAGCUAGUGCCCUGAGUACUCAUGAAUUCGAUUCUAAGAGUAGCGGUGUAAAUUGCCUUGGAGCUCUGCAUCCACAUCUUCUAACUAACCUUUGAAUUUUGCCCAACAUGUUUCUCUCUUGAUGAAGAAAUGAAAUGUACUGUCUUUGAAUAUCUACAAGAUCUGGGAAAGUUACCAACUUACUUAGGGGUGAAAUUUGGAUAGGUGUUAUGCUCAAAAAAACCAGCAAUGAGUGCUCUGUUUUGAUCCUUCUUAUGAUGGAAAGGAAUAUAGGAAUUCCUCAGUCUUCCCCUUACCAGAGGUAGCCUCUGCAAAUGGCAUACCAGACGGGACUCUAAGAUUCUUAUGUGGUGGCUUCUUGUCCUUCUCUCUGACUUCUGUGGCAUGGUGCUAGCGCAUGUACCCUGUGGUGUUGGCCCUCUGUCCGUAGCGUGAACUGUCCUGUGAGCUUUAUGUCAGGAGACUGUAACCUUCAUGUCCAUCUUCAAAGAGUUCUGCAUUAGCUCGGUAAUACCUGUCGCAUGGCUGAGAGUCCCCUUUCCAGACAGGGCCAGCCUUGUGUACAAUAUCUUUCAGAAUAUGGUUUUACCAUGAAACAGGGGUGAUAGAUUUAUUCCCUGUGUCAGGCCAAAGAAGUUCU